AACCUAAUUUAAAAGGAGACUAGUUGGCCUCUUUUGAAGAAAAUCGAUCCUUGUAUCACUCAUUCACUCUUCAAUUUCUCCUCAAUCUUCACCAAACAAAAGCUACCCCAUUUCUAGUCCAAGUUAUUCUCCAGUUAGCUAUGAAAGGAAUGGAUAUUUUCUGUGCAUCUCCAGCUUCCACAGCCAUUUGCUCUAGCCUGGACCAACGUGCUAUGGUCCGCCAAGGCCCCGGGCCCCUUGACCAUCGUCAUCACUAUCAUCUUCGUGAUCGCGAUCAACUGAAAAACCAACCUCAUCGUCAAACUCACCAUGCCCCUUGCUCAUCUCAGUUACCUAUCGAUCCCAAACCGUUUUACGAGAAAUGUAGAAAGAGUUUUUCUAGUGCACAAAGUCAGCCACGCAGAAAGAGAUCUGCUGACAUACAUGACUUAACAAGGACUAAGGGUACCAAUGGCUCUUCUUCUUCUCGGUUUCUCUUAAGUGACUCGCCCUUCAUCGACUGGAUACAGAAGCCUGAUCAUAAGAAUCUCUCGGCUGCGUUUGUUCCUCCUGAAGUACCCUCUAAGCCUAGAGGCUUGAUGAGCUCAAAUGGUCAUUCUAAUACUGCCUUGAAGUCUUCUUCUACUCGUUUUCGUCACCAGGUUGUUGUUUUAAGGGUGUCAAUGCACUGCAAGGGUUGUGAAGGAAAAGUGAGAAAGCACCUCUCUAAAAUGGAAGGAGUGACUUCAUUUAGCAUAGAUUUCCCGACAAAGAAAGUCACGGUGAUGGGGGACGUGACCCCAUCGGCUGUGCUCUCAAGCGUAUCCAAGGUGAAGAAAGCCCAGCUCUGGCCUUCGCCAACAUCAUCAUCACCCUCAUCAGCAUGAACCACUCAUGAACCCUAAAUUAAUUAAAUCAGUUAUCUCUUUUCUUAUGGGUAAUGCUACUUACAUACCUCUUUUUACCUCUUACACACACUUGUUAAUUUUUGUUUAUUGAUCUUCUUUCAAUUCAUUCGAUCUGACAAUCGAAAAUUAAAUAGGAUGUGUGAGAGGGAAAAAUAAGUGUGUUGAUAGCACUACUCUUUGUUAUAUAUUCUCUGCCAUAUUUCAAGUUUUCAGGCCUGCAUGUGUUUGUAAUCUGUAUGAUUAAGUUUUUAACUAAUAAAUUGUUAAGUCAAUAAUCAAGUUUGGUAUCUUAUAUGUAAAUGCAAAACAAUCUGAGCAUUUCACCACCCCACAUAUCCACGAAUUCGUUUCACUUUUCAGUUUUGAGCAUAUAUGUACUUAUGUUAACCACCAUCACCUUUUAUAAUUAGUUUUUUUGCAUUAAUUCAAAAUGUUUGACCCUUUCGAGAAGAAUUAUGUGACACGACCACGUAUAACAUAUGAAAACUCUACCAGUUUUUAAACCGACAUAAUCUUGUUAAUCUGAAUUUGAAAGUUCAUCUAAUGGCUCGUAGAUUGUUUGUUUGUCGUAUAUGUUUGUUGGCAACUUCUUUAACAUGAUCAGUUCCUUCUUAGCAGAUUACCAUGGAAAGCAUGCAUUGCACAUAUUGUCAGAGAAUUAAAGUUACUGGAUUAAACCUACCAGUGUCAAACCCUUAUAUCCGAUCACUCGGAACAAAUUAGUUAUACCACGCUAUCGUUUUCCAUGCACAUAUUUUUGAGAAAUCACACAAGUUAUACAACACCAUCGUAUAUUCAGGUAUCACGUAAUAUUUCCCAUCAAUUGACUUCCGGGAACAUAUAUUUGACAUUUGAGCAUCCUACGCCUUUGAUGCGGUAGUAGGUAGCAAGUGUGGCAAAAUAUAUAACAACAACGUGAAACAUACAAACAAGAGUGCAUCGUGACAAUGUUCAGAAACAGAGAAAUGCAUGCGUUGUCAAUGUGGUCGGCACUCAAGGACAUCUUAUUGCUUGGGACAAGAAGCACUUUUCCUUUCUUCUUUCUCCUUUCUUCUCCUAUCCUCUGGAUUGUACCAUAAGUAACGGUAAGUGGUCAAAUAAAUGGUCAGAAUUUGUAUGCUAGUAUUGAAUCUUAGCUCUCUAACAAGAUUUCAUAAUUUAAAGCCACCACUUGUUUC